GUGUUUUCUGGUGCUUCCUGUUUCAAACAGUUUCCUCGUGACGGAUCCUAUGACACUUUGAUUGUGGAUUAAAAAAACACCAGCAGGUGUGCAAUCAUGGCAAGCAACAAAUUCCAGAUCGUGGUGCAGGGAGAAGCUUCUGAGACCGACUCUGAUGAUGAAGUGUACAUCACCUCCGCUCCUCCUGUCCAUGCUUCGUUAUCAUCAUCAUCAUCAGGGAUGAAGGUGGCCGGAGAGGCGUCCGAGACUGACAGCGAGGACGAGGAGGAGAGAGCUCGCAGGCUGGCCUCAGAAAGCCAUCAACAGAUGCUCCGCAAAGACCUGCCUCCUCUCAUCGUGAUCAGAAACACACCUGCGACUGGGUCCGGGCCGGAGGACAGAUCGUCACCUGUGUCCAGACCUGACUCAGGUAGGUUUAACACGUUACUCCAGCAGAAACUUCAGGAGAGCAAUGCGCGGCUGUGCACGGACGUCAAUCAGAGCCUGAAACAGGUGUAUCAGAACGCAGCUCGGGACAUAAGACAGGCCACCGCUCACCUCAACAGCUCUCAGACAGGCAUCAUCAACGCCUCCCACAGCAUUAGACUCAUACUAGAGGACCUGAAGUCGGUGUCUGAAAAGAUCGACAUCAUCACCAGCUGUCAUCUGCUGCCGGACAUCACCAUGCCAAACCCGCUGUCUGAACAACCCCAGUCAAGUGCAUGUAUAUAAAAUCACAAAUUCUGAGCAGCGUUAUCGCUUAAUAUGUGCCUGCUCUCUGCUGUUGGAGGUCCAGUAUUAGCCACAGCUUGGAGACAUUUUCAUGAAUUUAUUGUGUGCUACAUAUCAAUAGUAUUUGACCAACGUGGUCAUAAUUAUCUGUUAUUAUCAAUUAAUAACAUAAAACUAUGUUUGGAGUUAUGCACUGAGGAAUUAAAUUCUGUAAGUAAAAAAAAAACACUCUAAUGUGUACUCUAAAUUUUUUUUCUCUUUAACAUUUAAAUUUUAGAUGAAUCUGUAAAAGAAAGUGUAUAUUUUAGGGGAUAUAACUCGUCACCACGUUUUUUUAAAUCACGUUUUUCAAUUUAUGUUUAUAUUAAAUACAG